AUGUCUCCACGAGUCCUCGUUUUUGGAGGUGGGAGUAUCGGGGCAGUCCUCGCCUAUCUACUCUCCAAAUCAAUCCCCGCAUCAAACAUCGUUGUUGUCUGUCGGUCUAAUUUCGACAUUGUUGCCAAGGAUGGCUUCACAAUCAAUUCCACGGUCUAUGGAAUGAACGAAAAUGUCAAACCAAUCGCCGUCCGAUCGGUGGCCGAGGCUGUCCAGGCGUACCCAGACGGCUUCGACUAUAUCUGCGUGGCAACCAAGGCAAUCGUCCGGGGCAACGUUUCUCAGCCCGAGUUGAUUAAACCCGCGGUAUCUGCUAAAACGACCAUAGUGCUCAUGCAGAAUGGUAUCAGCAUCGAGGAACCUUAUAAGGCCUUGUUCCCGGACACAGCCAUCGCAAGUGUCGUGAUAUACAUGCCUUGUACACAAACUGCCCCCGGCGUGGUCUCUCAUACCGUGUACACGAAGUUCCUGCUGGGCACAUACCCAGCCAAAUCCACAAUAGAACAUAAGAACUCUACAGCACGCUUUGUGGAGCUUUUGAAUGACGCUGGUGCAUCCGCAACUCAUGAAGACGACAUCCAGCUGGCGCGAUGGACAAAGCUACUAGUGAAUGGCUCGCAGAACCCCAUUUGCGCACUUUCCCGACUACGCGAUGUCCAAUUCUUGGGUGCUGCACCUGGCGCCGAGUCAUUUUGCAGGAAAGUGAUGCGUGAAAUUGCUAGCAUUGCCCGAGCCGAGGGAUACAGUGACGUUGAUGACAGUGUCGUUGAACGUCAGCUACAAUUGUCUGCUAGAAGGGCGCCUCCAGGCGUGGAGCCAAGCAUGCUGGCUGACGCUCUCGCUGGACAAAAUUUGGAGGUAGAAUGCAUUGUUGGAAAUGCACUGCGGAUUGCGCAGAGCCAUGGCGUUGAUGUGCCUCGGUUGGAGACCAUCUACUAUCUGGCGAAGAGGCUUGAUAUGAGUUUCGCUAUUCCCAAGGCAUUACUGGGAGACUCGAAGAUUUAG